CAUCCAUCCAUCCAUCCAUCCCAUGUAAGGCAGCCCGAUAGACAGCGCAUGUGUGUGGUUAUAGCGCUGCAUGCAUAUCAUUUCUCCGCCUCCUGUGGCUCCCGUUUGACCGUCACGUCCGCGGCAGCGGUCAGGUCAAUCACCUCGGGCUGCUUCCCCUUCAUCUGCCGGCGAUACCGCCGCAUCUUCCCCCACGCCUGCCGGGCCAGCUGCCGGGCCUUGACCUUCUCCAGCGCCUGCAGGGGACAGAGACAUGCGUACUUACAUGCAGUUGGUUGCAGCGCCCAGUGGCAUCCACUCACCUUGGUGAUGCGCUUGUCCAGGCACCCAACCUGCUUCAUGUACUUGUGAAAGUUGCUCUGCUCCAUCCAGCAUCGGAUGUCAGGCGUCCCAAUGAGGCCCCUGCUACGACGCCCCAUCGCAGCAACCGCCUCAAUCACCA